CUGUGUCAUCCUUCCAUUACUCCAUAAGCUACUAAUCUACACAACUCUCUAGUGUAGAUAUUUAAGCUUCUUCCACUUGCUGCUGCUUCUCUACAAGUCUCCCUCACAAACAUUUUAAUCUCGACUCCACUGCGCUUACGCAUUCUUAAAAAGCCUUCCUUUGUUCACGAUGGAAGGAACCGCAGCAAAGCCCAGCAUGCUCGCGCUCGUCUUCCUCCUCUCCACCGUACUUCUUCUAACGAUCUCCCCUCCUUGCGAUGCUACCCUUCUCCAAGACACAUGCAGGAGAAUCACGACAUCGCGCUCCGGCAUCGGCUACGAAUUCUGCGUCGCAUCGCUCCAGGCCGACCCCGCGUGCGCCUCGGCGGACCGGCGCGGCCUGGCAAUGAUCGCCGCGAGGCUCUCCGUCGCGGGCGCCUCCGCCGCCCUGUCCGCCAUCACCAACAUGACCAGAGCGAAGCCUAAUCCUUGGUCGACAGACUGCCUGGGCGUCUGCUGGGAAGUCUACGACGCGGCCAUCGACCACCUCAACGUCGCCAUGCGGAACCUCGGCGCCGGGCGGUACCGCGAGGCGGUGGUGUUCCUCAGCGCCGCCGUGGACGCGCCGGACAACUGCGAGGACGCGUUCAGGGAGAUGGGAGACGGCACUUCGUCGUCGCCGUUGGCGCACGAGGGCAGGGACUUUGGUAGGGUGGCCGCCAUGGCUCUCGCCAUUACCGCCACCCUGGGAUAAGGAGAGCAUAUGGAACGGCACCAAGUUGUGCACGUUGUGGUUAGUUAUCCUUUUGCUUUGUGCGUGCAUGGGGUGCGGCAGUCCGCCACUUCGUCCAGUGUAUUCCAAUAAAUGGACGGAGGAAAUAAGAGUCUUAUGGGGUGUGCAGUGCAACAAAGGCUACAUUAUUAAA